ACAUCAGCAUCUUAUAUCUCAUAUACAGAAGCGGAGCUACACUCAAGCUAGGCUGGGCCCAGCCCCCCCGGGAUUGGUCCCGGCCUCUAAGAUCGUAAGGAUAUUUAGUACAUAUUUUAUAAUUAGAACUUGUUCCAUAAAUUUUAUUGUGUAAUACCCAUGUGACCUAAUAUAUAGUAGCCAAACUUGACUCGUGUUUGUUUAAUUAUUUUCGACCCCUCGGUCUCGAAAUCCUGACUCCGCCGCAGCUCAUAUACACACCGUAAACAAUUCGAUCGCCUCACAAAAUUUAUUCACUAUCGACAUUGUCUUCUUGUAUUCAUUUGAAACAAUCGGUCAUAAGAAAGAACAUCCAACUUCUUGUUUUUUUCAAGCCUUAUUCCUCUGCUAACUUACAGCUAAAACAAACAAAUAUGACAAGAAUUUGAUAAAUAAACCGGUAAAAGGGGAGAAAAGAAAAGAGAAGACUUAAUAAUAUAUAUGAGUAUAAUAAAUAAAAAAGAAAACGAUCGACAACCAAUGAGGAGACAUGGAAUAAGUAUAACGGCUUCCCGGCGACCGGCGAAGUAUAAGUUUAUAGUUUAAACGACUCGAAGGAUCAGAAACGACGGCCGGAAGACAGCACAUCGCCAUGGAUAUACCACAAAUCCUGGAGAAUAUAAGAGAGAAUAAUGCUUUGGGUAUAUGGAUAAAACUGGCCUUUUGAUUACAUUGUAUUGGAGCUAAUUGUGACCCCUCAACUUUGUGGCAUUUUUUAAAUUUGAUCAUUUUCAUUGAAUUUGACAGAUUUUUUCUUAUAUGAUGUGAUCCAGUUUAAUCCGCAAAUUAUAGUUGAAUUGGCAUUUUCGUGUUCUCGAUCUAUAAAAGCGAUCAUGUUGAUUUUCUCAAAUCGUGUUAUGUUGGUAAUAUAUAAUAACUCGAGUUACUAAAAAAAUUGAAAAUAAUGAAUAAUCUACACAUUCCCUUACACUCUUUCUGCACAUAUCGCGGCAUACGAUGUGCUUAACUACGUAAUCCUUUGAUCUUUGGAGCCGUCAGAAUUUUAAUACGGGAUUCCUUAAAUAAAAAUAAUUUAUCCCCAAUAACUUAACCGGUUGAGAGAGAUUCAAUAAAUGUGUGUAUCAUUUCAUUACAUGAGGCGCUUAUUGUAACGUUCGACAUGUUUACUAAAAAGGUGACAACCAAUUUCAAAUUGAAGAGAUGCAUAUAUCAACAAGAGUCCUAACUAGUUGUGUUACUACACAAUGAUAAAAAGGUGUACCGGAUCAUGAGAAUAUCAAACUUAUGGAUGUGAAGAUAGUCUUAAUAAGUGUAUAUUGAUAAAUAGUUUCUAGAAAAUAGAAGGCGACCAACAAUCUAUAUUCGUUAGCCUAAUUUCAAUAAUAAUUAGUUGUAAACACUAUUUUUUUUUUCCGUGGAGGUAAACACUAAUUAUUAGUCAAACCUUUCAUGCAUUCUUUUUAUUAGUCAAAUUUAUUGAAUUACUAAUAAUUAGUAAAAUGUUAGCUUUCAGUUAGCAACUUUGUUAGUAAUGUUGAAUUUGUAUAGAGAUCAACAUUCCAAAAUUUUAAUAUUUUGACUAAGAAAAAAGUUAUAAAAUUAUUAGUUGUAACAUAAAAAUGACUCAUAUUUUUUUAUUUUAUAAAAAUGACUAAUAUUUUUAUGCAUUACAAAAGACUUGACUAAUUAUUAGUAAUUUAAUAGGUUGACUAAUAAAAAAGAAUGCAAAAAAGUUUUGGCUAAUAAUUAGUAUUUAUCCCAAUAAUUACUUAUGGUUAACCUGAGUCACAUUAACAAAGACCUAUAUAUAAGCUGAUUUUUCAUUUUGAUUAGUAUGAUUGGUUGAAUAGUGUAACUUUCCCUAACAUAAACCCCCUUUUCCUCUCACAGAAAAAAACUCGAAUCAGUUUUGUAAGUUUGUUUUUGAUAAACCCAUUGCUUGUAAUAAAAAAAACUUCCAAUCAUUAAUAUUGUAUUAUGUAACCUUUAAGCCUCCAGUUACAUAUAAAAAGAAAUAAAACAUAAAAAAAGAACAAAAUCUACCCUAUAUAAAUAUAUCAUCCUAUUUGCCAAAAAAAAAAGUCAAUGCCUAACAAUUCUUGCUAAUCAAGUUGAACUGAAUAUCGUGCCAACGUCCUUGCCUCAUCAUUAAAAAACUCGACAACAUGACCCUUUUGCGUAACAAUCAAUUGAGCGCUUACCAAACCAAACACCCACAUCUUCCAACAACAUGAUCUCUUGAGACUCUUUUGAAUAACAACAUAAUCAUAUCUUUCUUUCUUCUUACUUUCACCCACUUCACAUAAAUUACUUUACCCAUUUUAUUAGAGUAUGAGCAGCACAGGUAGUAUUGUUAUCAUAACAGUACCCACUAGUGAGCUCAGCCACUAGUAUUGUUACACAUAAAUUAUAUAAUUUUCACAUUAGUGUUAUUGUUAUUUUAAAAGACGGUCAUUGAACAUAAUAAUUUGUAACUUCAAUAAUAAGAGACUAACAAUUUCCACCGUAUUCUAAUUUAUCAAAAUGAUACGAGAGCCUAGUUCCCGCCAAGAAAGAAUCUCUCCGCGACUCAUCCACUCUACAUUGGACCUCGACAUUGAACUGCGGUGGAAUAAUACCCUGUCAUAAAUAUGCUUUUAUGCUUAAUUACCGUGGAGGCGUAAUUACCAAAGGACUCUCGAUCGAGACCUCCGCUGAGAGAGCAUUUUUUCUUUCAUUUUUGGCUCUGUCGUCUUCCCCGUUGGAUCUCUUCAGUCUUUGCAGUUUAAAUACCCACAAGUGAGCUCAGCCAGAUCUUCAUUCAAUCACUCAGAAAAUGGAUCGGCUUUAACUUUCUUUUCCCCCUCACUGGAACUCCCGCCAUCUGGCAGCAGCCCGUUUCACCGUCUCCCCUCAACCCCAACAGAGGAAAAAGGUAAGCAGGAAAUCGACCCACCAGCCAUUUUUAUAAAUUUCAUCAGGUUUCACUGUUCCUGCCGGUUGUUUUCCCCCCAUUUACUGAAUAGACAAAACUAGUGGAGGGGAUUAUAAAAUUGCAUAAGCAGGCUGCAGGCGGGAAUUACAUCACAUUGUGUUUUUCCCCCUGAUAAAAAUACUCUGUUUCUCCAUCUCUCUGUUUUACCAUCCCCUGAAACCAUUUUCUCCUUCCCCUGUAUCUACGGUUUAAUUUGGUUUCCGUUAGUAGAUGUGAUAGUAACAAUGGAAUUACAGGAAUCGGAGGCAGAGAGAUUUCAGCCUUUCAGGGCAUUGGAUUAGGAAAAUAACGGAAACAGAGGAGAAAAGAAAGAAAUGGACCCGACCGUUCCAAUUGACGAUCAGUUCUCCAAGCUGCAUCCUUCUCUGCCUGUGAGCACCAGGUUCUGCAUAAUAGGAGCCGGACCGAGCGGCGUUUCGGCGGCGUAUGCACUCACCAAGAUUGGAUACAGAAAUGUAACCGUACUUGAGAAGCAUCACACCGUUGGUGGGCUGUGUGAAUCUGUGGAUAUCGAAGGGAGGGUUUAUGAUCUGGGCGGUCAAGUUCUCGCUAAGAACAGCGCGCCGGUUAUAUUCCACUUGGCGAAAGAAGCUGGAGCUGAAUUGGAAGAAAUGGACUCUCAUAAGCUUGCUUUGAUUGAUAGCUCUACUGGGAAGUAUCAGGACAACAAGGUUGCUGAUGACUAUGUCUCUGUAAUUACCCUCACAUUGGAACUCCAGGAUAAGGCCAAGGCUUCAGGAAAGAUUGGGGUUCAUGCUGUGAGCGAGCUAGCGUCAGAUUUAACUCCGGCGUACCUGGAAUCCCACGGCUUGAAAUCUGUUCCCAAAUCCGUUGCCUAUGGAUACACAGCUUCUGGGUACGGGUUUGUUCAGGACAUGCCGUAUGCUUACAUUCACGAGUUCACCAGAACAUCCAUGGCGGGGAAGAUCAGAAGGUUCAGAGAUGGGUACACUAGUCUGUGGAAGAAGCUGAGUGAGUCCCUGCCGAUUGAUCUCCGUUGCCAGAGCGAAGUGCAGGCGGUUCGCCGCGAUUCUGAUGGGGUUAGGGUUGAUGUGAAGAGGAAUGAUGGUGGAGGAGUUGAAACCUUGGAGUUUGACAAGAUCGUGAUCUCUGGCUCUUUCCCUUUCAGGAUUGGGACAACCUACAGAUCACCAAGUGUCCACUCAUCAGCAGAUGAAGAUCAAGUGAUGGAUCUCACUGACCUUGAAAAUGAGUUGUUUAGCAAAGUCCAAACGAUCGACUAUUACACAACGGUUAUGGAGAUUAAAGGGUUGGAGGAUAUGCCGGUUGGGUUUUACUACUUUGGGGAGUUCAUGGAGGACCCUGCCACGAUUGGACACCCGAUCGCGAUGCAGAAGUACUAUGCUGAUUCGGACAUUUUCUUGUUCUGGUCGUAUGGGAACUCGACAGAUGUCAUGGGACCUAAAGUCACCGAACUUGCUCUAAAAGUGGUGAAAUCUAUGGGAGCACAAGCACAACAGGUUGUUUUGCAACGUAGAUUCAAGUACUUCCCUCAUGUUUGCAGCCAAGAUAUGAAGAAUGGAUUCUAUGAAAGGCUGGAGAAUGAGCUUCAGGGACAGAGUAACACUAUUUAUGUUGGUGGGCUUAUGGCAUUUGAGCUUACAGAGAGAAACUCAUCUUAUUCCAUGGCUACCAUCUGCAAGCACUUUGCUAGUAACAACUCCUUGCCCACAUUCCCUUAUGUUAAGAGCUUAUUCUCACUGCAGCAAGCUAAUAUCCAAACCAAGAAACUACAACAACUAGGAGAGAUUGCAGGAGUGGAGUUCCCAGAUCUGCCCAGCCUCGACGCUUACCUGAAACACUGGGGGACUCUGCCAUCAACCAAGGACAAAACACUCUACACAUGGAUCAACGAAGAAGGCAUCGUGGUUUGCAAGAGGACUUACGCCGAAUUGAAUGCCAAUGCUGCCUCCAUUGCUCACCACAUGUUGACCAGCCGGAAGCCAGUCAUCAAACCUGACGACCGUGUGUUGCUUGUGCAUGUCCCGGGCUUGGACUUUGUGGAUGCCUUCUUUGGUUGCAUACGAGCCAGAGUCAUCCCGGUUCCAGUCCUUCCACCGGACCCGAUGCAGAGAGGCGGUCAGGCUCUAUUGAAGAUCGAGAACAUCGCUAAAUCCUGCAAAGCAGUGGCGAUCCUCUCGACUGGAUUUUACCACACUGCGGUUCGUGCCGGUUCUGUCAAGCAGCUCAUAUCGUUGAGUGGGAAGAAGAAUAGGAAUGAGGUUCAAGCACGGUGGCCUAAUCUUCCAUGGUGCUAUACAGAUUCAUGGGUUAAGAAUGGCACUACUAAAUCCAUGGCUGCUGCUCAAAACAACUCACCCGAACCCGAACAACAACAAGACGACUUAUGCUUCUUGCAGUUCACCUCAGGAUCUACUGGAGAUGCCAAGGGGGUCAUGAUAACUCAUGGUGGACUCAUUCACAACGUGAAGAUGAUGAAGAGGGUUUACAGGAGCACGUCGAAGACGGUUCUGGUUAGUUGGUUGCCUCAGUACCACGACAUGGGGCUGAUUGGCGGGCUUUUCACCGCCAUGGUUAGUGGCGGAACCGCUGUCCUGUUCUCUCCAUUGACGUUUAUUAAAAACCCACUCUUGUGGCUGAAGACAAUGAGCAAUUACAAAGGAACUCACAGUGCGGGUCCGAACUUUGCUUUCGAACUGAUGGUGAGGAGACUAGAAGCUGAGGAGAAGGAUAAUAAAUGUGGUGGAAGAAGAAGCUCAUCUUAUGAUCUUUCUUCCAUGGUUUUCCUAAUGGUUGCCGCUGAGCCAGUGAGGCAUAAGACGUUGAAGAGGUUUCUCGAGCUGACUCGUCCAUUUGGGUUGUCUCAAGAAGUGAUGGCGCCUGGGUAUGGCUUGGCCGAGAAUUGUGUGUUUGUGUCAUGUGCUUAUGGUGAAGGGAAACCCAUCUUACUUGAUUGGCAAGGUAGGGUUUGUUGCGGGUACGUGAGUUCAAACGACGACAUUGACAUGGAUGUCAGAAUUGUUGAUUCUGAAAGUGGAGAAGAGGUUAAAGAAUGUGGGAAAGAAGGAGAAAUUUGGAUCAGCAGUCCAAGUGCUGGGAUUGGGUACUGGGGAAAGGAAGAGUUAAGCCACUGGACUUUCAAAAAUGAAAUCAUCUCCAACGACGACAAGCAGUCCGAGAAGAGGAGGAGAAUUUACACAAGAACAGGGGACUUGGGGAGAAUCAUUGAUGGGAAUCUUUUCAUCACCGGAAGAAUCAAGGAUCUCAUCAUUGUAGCUGGAAGGAACAUCUACUCAGCUGACGUGGAAAAGACAGUUGAGAACUCGUCAGAGAUACUCAGGCCAGGUUGUUGUGCUGUGAUUGGUGUUCCUGAAGAAGUCUUGUCGGCAAAAUCCAUCCUAGUCCCAGCAGACAGCUCUGAUCAAGUAGGGUUAGUGGUGAUUGCAGAGAUCAGGGACAAUGUUAAGUCCAUCGACAAGGAAGAAGUAGCACGACAGAUCAAACUUAAAGUUGCAGAGGAACAUGGUGUUACAGUGGUUGCCAUCAACUUGAUUAAGCCUCGAACGAUUAGCAAGACAACGUCGGGGAAGAUAAAGAGAUUUGAUUGUCUCAAACAGUUUACAGACGGAACUCUAAGCUUGGUUCCGGAAAAAUCUUUCUCCAAGAGGAAACUAUCCUUCAAGCUGAGCAAAGAUCAGGAAAGAUCAAUGUCUCGAUCAAACACUAUGGUCCCAGCUGGAAAUGCUGGCAGAUUGAGCAACAAACAGAUUGUGGAGUUUUUGAAGGAAGUUGUCUCUGAUCAGACAGGAAUUGCUAUCAACAACAUAUCCACAAAUGAGAACUUGUCGUCAUAUGGGAUCGAUUCCAUUGGCGUCGUCAGAGCUGCUCAAAAGUUGUCGGAUUUCCUCGGAGUGCCCGUUGGAGCAGUAGAUAUCUUCACCGCAACUUGCAUCGGUGAUCUAGCAACCUUUUCGGAGAAUCUCUUGAUGAAAUCUCAACCAGCAACUGGAUCGAUGAUGAAUAAUUCUUCACCCUCAGAAGAAAAUAAUGAGGUCCUUAACUUUGCAGCAGAAGAUUCUUCGACGAUGUCAGAAGCUUCCACGACCCGCAAAAUCCUUGUAUGGGGCUCUCAACUUCUUGCCGUCAUUUACGUGGCUACCCUGUUGAGCUUCCCAGCUUACUUCUCCAUCUCGACAUUCACAAGUCUCGUUUCUAAUGUUGAUACAUUGGUUGGCGGGGGAGUACAUGUUUGGCUGACCACAUUAGCUUUGGCACCUCUUGCCUGGAUUCUCUGCAUGGUCGCGACCUGUGUGGUCAUUGCAUUAUUUGGCAAGCCUUUCCUGCAACCAAACUAUGCUCUGUCGCCAGAAGUUUCGAUUUGGUCGAUGGAUUUUGUGAAAUGGUGGGCGCUUUAUAAAGUCCAAGAAACUGCUUCAAAAGCACUUGCCGUGCAUUUGAGAGGGACGGUGUUCUUAAACUACUGGUUUGCCAUGCUCGGAGCUCGAGUCGGGUCAACAGUUUUGCUUGAUACUAUUGAUAUAACGGACCCAUCAUUGGUCUCGAUUGGAGAUGGUGUUGUGAUCGCCGAAGGUGCGCUAGUACAAAGCCACGAGGUAAAAAAUGGAGUUGUUAGUUUUCUUCCGAUCAGAAUUGGUCGGAAUUCCUCUAUUGGUCCGUACUCUAUGAUCCAGAAAGGGAGCGUUGUGGGAGAAGAAGUUGAUGUUCCGCCAUUGCAGAAGACUCCAGCUAGUAAGACUGUUUCUAGAUCAAACAAGGAUAAAGUGCAUCCCGAUUGUAAUAUUUUCCCGAGGAACGCCAUGUCCCACUUGCUAGGAAUCUACAUGGUCGGCCUCCUCAGCAGUUUCUCAGCAGUUAUCGUCUACUUGGUCUACAUCUACCUAUCUCAACAACCACCUUCAUUGCAACAAUUCUCCCUCUCUUGCAUUGCUGGAGCUUUCCAUUGGCUUCCAUUCACAAUCAUUGCAUAUGUCACGAUUCUCCCGGCCGGGAAUAUUCUCCUUACUAGCCCACUCACCUUCGCCACAUCACUUGCCGUCUUUUACUUGGCACAUGGUCUGAUCCUCAUCUUCCUCACCGGAGCCUUCACUCGCUCCCUUGCAGCUGGGAAAUUACCAGACAAAGCUGAGAACACGCCUGAUCUCAACACUUGGCUUCGCCACCGCCUCACUGUCUCUUGCCACUUGAGAUUCGCCAAGCUCCUGUCUGGAACAGAAGCCUUCUGCAUGUACUUGCGCAUAUUGGGAGCAACGAUUGGGAAGCACUGUUCGAUUAGAGCCAUCAACCCUGUAUCGAAUCCCCGACUCAUGAGGAUUGGGGAUGGUGUUCAUCUCGGCGACUUUAGUAGAAUCAUUACAGGGUAUUACUCAUCAUCAUCGUCUAAUGGGUUCACUUCAGGUAAAAUUGAGGUCCACUCUAACUCUGUGGUCGGAAGUCAAAGCUUGAUCCUUCCCGGUGUUGUUAUCCAAGAGAAUGUCAUUCUUGGAGCACUUUCAAUCGCUCCGGUGAACUCCACUCUCCGGUGCGGUGGAGUCUACGUUGGUUCUCAAGCUCCUGUAAUGAUUAAAAACACAAUGCAUGCCUUGGAUGAACGGAUUGAAGAAAUGGACACCAAGUACAAAAAGAUCGUCGGCAACUUGUCAGCUAACUUAGCUGCAACCACUCUGAAAGUGAAAUCAAGGUAUUUCCAUCGAAUUGGAGUGAGUGGAAAGGGACAUCUUAAAAUCUACGACGACAUCAAAGGACGUAUACCGGAUCACGAGAUCUUCCAAGGUGGUAAAACUUACCCUGUUGUGGUCCGCCACAGCAACAGCUUGAGCUCUGACGAUGAUGCUAGGAUUGAUGCUCGAGGGGCGGCAAUCAGAAUCCUGUCUGAGGAUUCCAAGUCCCAGCUCCUGGACCUGACAUUGAAAACAGGGAACGCCUUCUAUGCUCGCACCAUAUCUGAUUUCGCCACAUGGUUGGUGUGCGGACUUCCAGCAAGGGAAGCCCACGUGAAGAGAAUGCCACAUAUUCGGGAUGCAGUGUGGAACUCUCUUCGGAAUUCAAACUCCUACACUCAACUCCAUUACUUCUCCAACUUUGUGCGCCUUCUGAGGUGCAAAGACGGACAACAUGAGAUGUACGUCAGGUUCAAGCUGAGGCCCGCCGACGAAAGCAUCAAUGAGGAUGCUGGUGAAGUUGAGCCGAUUGGCAUUCUCCCGCCGGACACAGGUGCGAUUCCGAGAGACCCUAAUGAUUCGCGUCCUUUGCUUUUCUUGGCCGAUGAUUUCCGGCACCGAGUGAGUUCCCCUGGCGGCGUUCGAUACAUUUUCCAAUUACAAGUGAGGCCGGUUCCUGAAGAUGAAUCUGAACGUGAUGAUGCAAUUGACUGCACAAAGCCAUGGGACACUUUAGAGUUUCCCAACAUCGAUGUGGGCGAAAUCAAUCUUGAUCAGAAUCUCGACAGUGAAGAAUCCGAGGCAUUAGAGUUCAACCCUUACAUUCGCUGCGACGGGGUGGAUGUGAUCCGCGCCACGUCCUCGUCACAAAGUGCCUCCAUCGACCAUGGACGCUCGUUGAUCUACGAGAUAUGCCAGCACUUGAGGAACAAAGAGCCAUUGCCGGAAGCUUGGAGGAUCUUCAUCGAACAAUCAGACGUCAAAGUAGACCUCUCUGGCUGCCCAAUGGCAGCAGCCCCAAUCACCAAGAUGGCGUCCACCGAAAAAGUGACACUGGCCAGAACGUGGUACGAGACAACAUGGGCAACUCUCGUUCAGCCAUUUUUACAAACACUUGUCCCACAUUUCUUAAUCGGCCUGGUAAUCUUCCAUCCUCUGAACUUCACACUCUCCUUUCGACAAACAACCAAAACCCCUCUCCACUAUUUACUCCCCUUCAUCUGGGUUUCCUCUGGCCUUCUCUCCGGCCUUGCCUGCAUCCUCGCAAAGUGGAUCCUGGUGGGGAAGAAGCGAGAAGGGGACACGGUUUAUCUAUGGAGCAUAGGGGUUUUCCUAGACACGAUUUGGCAAGCAUUCCGAACUGUGAUCGGAGACUACUUUGUGGAAAUGACUAGCGGGUCACUCUUCUUCAACCUCUGGGUAAAGCUUAUGGGUACUGAGAUCGAUUUGGGUCAGGGUGCAUAUAUAGACUCCAUGGGAGCGACCUUGAACCCGGAGAUGGUGGAGGUUGAAAGAGGUGGGUGCAUUGGCAAAGAAGCUUUGUUGUUCGGGCACAUCUAUGAAGGCGAAGGCGGGAAGGUGAAGUUCGGAAAGAUUAAGGUUGGAGAAGGUGGGUUUAUUGGGAGCAGAGCUAUCGCCAUGCCUGGAGUGAGGAUUGAGAGUGAUGGCAAUCUCCAUGCUUUGUCUCUGGCCAUGAAGGGGGAAGUCAUUAGGUGUGUGUAACUAGAAUUAGCAGACAUAAUCUUGAGUGAAUUAGAUGGCUACUUUGUUGUAAGCUUGGGGAAUAAACUUCUUUAACUAUAAUGUCACUUUUAAGGGUUGAAGACUGUUGUUGAUAUAACAGUCAAAUUGGAUGUCCAAUAAAAUGAGCUUGUGUGAUGCAAUGUAGCUCCCCUUUUUUUUUUAUUUAUGGAUAGGCAUUAGAGUUUUGAGUCGCCUGAUUGAGAAUUGAACGAUUGUGGGGUGUGUGGCACGCAUACAAGGUUUAGACACAUGCAAAAUAGGUAAAGUAAAACAAUAAACUAACAAAUCGGGUCACUGAAUAGGCACGAUAAACCAUGAAGUGCUACAAUCAUUACGACGUUCUCAACGACUCAUGCACAAAUAAAAUAAGUAAGAUCGAACAUUGAUUGAGAAGACGGGAAUGAUGCAGAGUACUCUAUAUUGCUACCAAACAGAUAACCCUGCUUGUGUCUCUGGGGAUAAAAUAAAAUCUAACUACACUCACAGUGUGCCUCUCAAUAAGGAUGAUAAUUGUCU